AUAGGAAUCGCCAUCUUUAAGCCAAAGUCUAAUUUAUGUAACGUCGUUUUACCUUCUAUAUAAAUUGAUGCACAGCCAUCAGUCGACCAAGCAGAACCAACCGCAAUUGCAAGUUGAAAAUGGCUGUGUCGUCAUUACCGAAGAUGUUGAGCAUCCUAAUUUUAUUGGCGUGUCCCAAUUACUUGACCGGAGCUUCAAUUACUUUAGAAGACAAUCUGCAACUACUCGCCGUAAUUAUAAACUGAUGGAACACAAAAUGAAUCAAAUGGAAUCGAAAAAUAAUCAACUUGAGUCGCAGCUUCAACAUCUUCGUGAAGAGUUUACGUCUAAAAUCAAUCAACUCGAGUCUAAAGUUCAAGAGCAAGAAAGGCUUUUAAUGGCCCACCAGAGCCCAUCGAGUUUGAAAUCAGUUCAACUUAAAAGCAACGACGAAACUUACGGCCAAUCAAAGGCAAUGCCAACGUCCUGCGAAGACUUGCGGGUAAUCGGGCACAUCUGGAGCGGAUUGUAUUCCGUAAUGGGAACUAAAAUGGUCCAAUCUGUUUACUGCGACUUCACCAAACAGAUUUCUGACCCUGGUUUCCAGCAAGUGCUUGGUAAUGUCGACAUUAAAUCCACCUCGGCACAUUUCUACGCCCAGCGAAACACUGACGGCUUCGCCCAAACCAACACGCCAAUCAUCUUCGAAUCGAUCAAACUCAACGACGGAGGAUCGUACAACAGUGGGACCGGGAGAUUCACGGCGCCAGUCGGCGGGAAAUAUUUCUUCUCCUUCACGGGAUUGGUGAAAUUCCCGGCCUACUCUUAUCUGAUUCGCACCGACAUCGGAAUCUACAAGAACGGCGCAUUCGUCGGAUUCAGCCAGGCGGAUGAAGUGGUCAACAGCGGAUUCCAAUACGAAACCAUUUCCCUCCAAUCGACGCUCGAAUUGGUCAAAGGCGAUCAAAUCUGGGUGGCCAUUUCUUCCAUUUCGUCAGGUGUCACCCUAGAGGGCAAUGCCUACACCCACUUUAACGGUUUCCUACUGGAGCAAACCUUGUUUUAAACCCAAAUGAAAAACUUUAAUAACAAUUCAAUUAAUCGAUUAUAAAAUGAAAUAAAAGGAUAUACAAUCAUUAAA